AUGAUUAUUAAUACUAAUGGAAUUGAAGAGUCUUAAGAUCUCAAUCAAUUCCCUAAUGUUAGAGAGAGAACGAUUGCAUAUUUCAUUGAUUAAAAUUAUAAGUUGUUUGAAUGGAUCUCUGAUAAAAAGAACAUUAUAACUUAGAUUGACAUCAAUCUAUCAAAAGAAGCAAAGCUUCUAGCAAUUCACCCAAAUAAUUUAUUUUUUGCUUUGCAAGACAACAGUAAAUUGCUGAUUAUCUAGACAUUUGAUAAGCAAGUUGUUUCAUACAUUAGUCAUGAAAUGAAAAUUGAUAAAUUCUUCUUUGAAUUAGAAAAAAUGAAUUGCUUUGUCUUUGAUUUUCAACAACAAAUGACUAUAUAUAGUCAAAAUACUCAAUAGAAAAUUAUGCAGAAGAAGAUCUGCUAGAUUGACUCAGUAUAAAGCUUAACUUACUGCUAUACAAAUUAAAUGAUAUACUUUUUCAAUAGCCAGAAUUCCACAUUAGUUUAAUUAUCAAGCUAAGAUUUUGAAUAAAAACUUGUUAUUGACAUUAACCAAUAGAUAGAAAGAUACACUGAAAAUAACAAUUAAUCAAACUUCAUCAUAAAAAAUGUUUAUCAAAUCAUGUAUCUAGCUCAGGAUGACACAAUCAUACUAUCUACUUAAAGCUAAAUUAUAAUGAUAAGCUAGUACUAUGAGACAAUAGUGAAAAUCAUUUAUCUGGAGAGAGUUACAAAUAAAAGCCUAUUUUUCACUUUAAAGAGCACUCUUUAUCAAGCCUCUUUUACCUAAUAUGCGAAAGAGCUAAACAUUUAUAAGAUUAUAGAAUUCGAGGGUGUUUAGUCAGAGAUUGGUGGCUAGCAAUACAACAAUUUUAUUGCAGAUAUGAAAGAACUUAGUGAAAAAGAUGAGCUAGAGAGAAAUAAUGAUGAGGAGGAUGAAGAAGUAGACGAUAAUGUAGAUAUUAUUAAUGAAUUUGCUAAAUAGUAUGAGAAUAAUCCAACUCCAUAAUUCAAUUAACAGAUUGAAGAAUAGAAAAAGGAUGCAUUUUCAGUAAUUGAUGAAUAAGAAUACGAGGAUGAGGAAGAAAACUAAGAUCAGUUUUAACAAUCAUUCAAAAAUACAACAAUAUAUACUGAUAUCGCAAAAUAGAUUGAAUAGAGUGCUAGGGGUGGUGUUAAUGAUAAUGAAGGAUUAUCCUGUCUGAAUAGCUUUGUUGCUCAUCCAAAGAGCUUAUUCGUCCUUGCAAACUAAAAGAUAGACAAUGAAUCAAUAUAUGAUCAUUCAGACAAUUACAAUAAAACUAGAUUUUCAUCAAAUUUGCCUUAAAAAUUCUCUAAAGCAAAUUUACCAGUCACAUUUCAUAAAAAAAUUAAGUCAUCUGGAUAUAGUGGCUAACCUUCUUCAAUGAAAUACUCUAAAACCUAGAAAUAAAAAGCCUAAUAGCCUUAAUCUUAAUAUGCUGUAACUAGAAAUUUCUAUGCUAAAACCUUGCCAAUGACGAUCCCAGAAGAAUUGAAAAUUUUAGCCGAGCAGCCCUUGCACAAGAAUGCAACUGUUAGACUAGCAUAUAGUCCUUUUGGAACUAAAUUGGCUUGCAUAUCUUAAGACACCACUAUAUCUGUACUUAAGACUCCUAUGUUCCAAAAUAAACUAGAUUUAACAAGCUUAGGAGGUCAUAAUGGCCCUGUAAACUCAAUUCAUUUUAGUGCCAAUGACCAGUAUUUGAUCUCAGCAUCAGCUGAUAAAAGUUGUAUCAUUUGGAAUAUGAAAUGGUCUAAAAAAGGAGAGAAGUUAUUAAUUCUAGAUAGACUGAAAAAAAAUAAAACUUCAUCUGAAAACCCUCAAAAUUAAGCUCUAUUAUAACAAUAAAACCCUCCUUUCACAGACGCAAUAAGAGGUGCAUAGUUUUACUAUGACGAUAAAUUAUUAACUAUUUCAACAGGAAAUUAAUUACUUUUCUAUUAGUAUGAACUUCCUGAUAAUCCAGAUUCUUCAACUUCCAAAGAUGAUGUCAAGAGAUUAUAAUAAAAAGGCUUGUAUAAGCUGAUACAAACAUAUUAGCAUCCUAGUGCUCAGAAUAUUCCUUCAUUUCAUUUUCAUAAUCAUAAGUUGAAAACAAAUAUUGGACUGAUAGGUGGAUCAAACAAAGAAUUGAUAGUAUAUGAUGCAAAUUAUAAUAAAGCAAUAGCAACAAUGAAUGAUGGCCAUCAAAAGCAUAUUCAUACUGUUAAGUUUUAUGAGGGAACUUAUGGAGAUUAAGAAGCAUACAAUACAUUUUUGACAGCUAGUACAGACAAUUUCAUCAAGCUAUGGGAUCUUAGAGUAGGUCAACCAGUUAGAGAAUAUGGAGGGUAUCAUCAAAAUAGAGCUAUAUAAAUUGGAUUUAGCAUAUCAAACUGCUUUAGAUAUCUAAUAUCAGGUUCAGAAGAUAGAUCUGUUUACAUAUAUGACAUUGGGAGUGGAGAAUUAUUAGAUAGAACUAAAAACAGCUAGCACACAGAUUCAGUCACAGAUGUUGCAGUAAAUCCUGUUUAUUAUGAAUGGGCUACUUCUUGCAUUGAUGGUCAUGUCAGAAUCUUUAGAUAUCCAGCUCACAAAGUAGCCUAGAAGCCUAAGCCAAAGAAUGGAGGAGGAGGAAUUCAAGUUAAGGGUAAAAAGGCAGUUAUAAGUUCUGCAUAGUAGCAAUCAAUGAGGGAAUAUGACUGA